AGAAUUAUUUAUCAGAAACCGUUUGUAUCAUCGUCUUUUAGCUCUUGAUUGGGACCUAUCAAAUUGAUCCGAAGAAAAAACUUGAGCGCCGAUGAUUAAGAGAUCAGAUCAAGGCGGUGUGUUGUAUGUAGCAGAGCCGCUCGAUGCUUGUUCGGAUUUGGUUAAUACGGUGAAUGUGAAAAAUGGAUCAAGUGUUCCUCCUCCGUAUGUUUUGAUUAUCCGCGGUGGCUGUAGUUUUGAAGAGAAGAUUAGGAAUGCGCAAAAGGCUGGUUAUAAAGCUGCUAUUGUUUAUGAUUAUGAAGAUUAUGGCUUCUUAGUAUCAAUGGCAGGAAAUCCCUCUGGUGUACUUAUUUAUGGCACGUUUGUCUCCAAAGCAACUGGGGAAGUACUAAAAGAGUAUGCGGGUCGUACUGAUUUUGAAGUGUGGCUCAUGCCAAGUUUCGAGACUUCAGCUUGGUCAAUCAUGGCUAUCUCGUUCAUAUCUCUGCUCGCUAUGUCUGCUGUGCUUGCCACUUGCUUCUUUGUCCGUAGGCAUCGAGUUAGGCGCCGGCGUAUUCUGGCUCUUAAUGGCAAUGACUUUCCUCGUAUGGCCAAAAACUUGCUAAAACGCAUGCCUACUAUAAUAUUUAAGGGUGUUUGCGAUGAAGCAUCUACUUCUAUUUCGUGUGCUAUAUGCAUUGAGGAUUAUCGCAUCGGAGACAAGCUAAGGAUCCUCCCUUGCCAUCACAAAUUUCAUGUUGCAUGUGUAGACUUGUGGCUUGGCCAAAGGAGAUCAUUUUGUCCGGUUUGCAAACGCGAUGCGAGAAGUAUCAGCAUUGAUAUGCCCGCAUCAGAGCACACACCCUUGCUUACUCCUAGCAAUAGCAUGACCCCGACGUCAUCGUUUCUCUUAUCAUCAUCCUCCACAACCCCAUUGCAGUCAUCUCAUGAGCUACCAAUAUUUAUCAGAGUAGACCCUUCUUUACCAUCCACCUCAAUGCAGCCACACACAGUCCCUAUGUAUCUUUCCCACUCUCGCUCCCACACAAGCUUCCAAAAUGGGUCAUACCGCUUUUCUCGGCCUAUACCAGUUAGCCGGAGUUCAGCAGAUCUCAGGAACGCCGUUUCCCAAAGAUCACACAACUCAACCCGCCAGGGUUCUUUGCCUCGUUCCCUCCACUCAAGAUAUACACACAUACUUAGCCCGGGAAAUGCAUCAAGGAGCUGGGUGGUUGGAUCGUCAACAAGCCUGCGCGAGAGUUCACUUCACCUAAACGACUCCCGCAGGUCUUUCCCUCACUUUUCAUCUGCGAGCUCUCUACCAGGCUGUUAAACUGUUAAAAAGGUAACACCAUACUAACCAAAAGGUUCAGUGUCGGGGCUCAUUGCUUUGAAGAAGCAAUCCACUCCUCCUAGAGGAUGUUGCUCGGCUACUAAUUUGUGACCGUGCCUGAUUUUGGCAAACAAUAGAGUUGAAAAAGUGUU